AUGAUCCGGGCAUUAGAGGGGUGGGGCCAUUUGUCAUCGGUGAGGGGAGAUAUCCCGCCUGGAGGCUGCAGACGUGACCACAAAAACAUGCGGUUAGCUGCCGGUUGGCCGUUAGGGGCAUCUCUGCUUCCACUUAUUAAUGUUUAUUGUAUUCGACCCAUUGCCAUCUUCGUGUUCAAUGUUUCAGAAGAAAUAUUUGAUGAUAAGAUUUCUGAUACGAUACAUAUUCAUAAACAUAACAUAUCUAAUAUAUUGGCUACAGUAGACCAAUAA